GGAAACUAGCCAUGUCCAUCCGUUACCUCACAGCGCAGCUGGCCCAACAGAUUGACGAGGAGCUUAUGAAUGCAGUUGGGGCGUUCAGUCUGGAUCAGUUGAUGGAGCUGGCUGGGUUGGCCUGCGCUCAAACUUUGGCUGCAGUGUACAACAAGGAAAAGUAUCCGAAAGUCUUGGUAUGCUGUGGACCAGGAAACCAGGGAGGAGAUGGAUUGGUUGCAGCGAGACAUCUUGGAAUGUUUGGUUACGAGCCAACAGUAUACAUGCCCAAGCCAGGCUCGAAAGACAUCUACCAGCGCCUGCAAAAACAAUGCAUCAAUAUGGGCAUCCCUAUCAUUUCACCUUCAGCAUCCGCCGAGGAGUUGCCUCGCGUUCUCCAGUCCUCGAAUGUUAUUCUGGAUGCCAUUUUCGGGUUUUCGUUUAAACCACCGGUACGGGCACCGUUCGACGAUGCUCUGAAACUCAUAUCUGCAUCCGGGCUCCCGAUUGUUUCGGUAGAUAUCCCAAGUGGGUGGGACGUUGAACGUGGAAAUGCACAAGGCGUUGGGCUGAAUCCCGACCUCCUGGUCAGCUUGACAGCACCAAAAGUGGGCGUGAAAUACUUCAUGGGAAGGCAUUUCCUUGGAGGACGUUUUGUGCCAAAGGCAUUGCAGGAGAAAUUCAAGUUGAAUCUUCCCGAGUAUCCUGGAUUCGAUCAAAUUGUUGAACUCCCGAAGAACCCUGGAUUGUAGCAUGACGUGGCGGUAGAAGUUAUAGGACGGCUACGCUGUCAAAUCUGAAUCAAUAUUAAGAUAGACGAGCUUUGCUGCUGACCUCUUUCGAACUCCCUGUCAGGCAAGGGCAUGUCGGAUCCAGCAAUGUUUGCAGAUAUCAUAGGCUAACUUGAAGCUCGAGUAGUAGAGCUCGACGGAAUUUAUCACGAUAUAUUAAUUAAUUUUGUCAAUGAAUUGGCAAUCGACCGAUG